AUGGGUAUCAUUGUUCAUAAUUUUUUUGUAUUUUCAAUUUUGAGUGAACAAGUUUGCCCAGGUUAUCUGUUUCUGAUUGGGGUGCAGUUCUCGGAGUAUUCAUUUGGUUUAUAUAUUGCAGUUUUAGCUUUCUUCCAUUUCUCAGAGUUUUUGGUUACAGGAUUAACUAAUCCGAACAACUUGUCAUUUGACUCCUACCUGGUGAACCACAGUGUACAGUACGGUAUUGCUGCAGUAGCAAGCUGGUCAGAACAUGCGCUCACGCUUUACCUUAUUCCUGGGAUUAAAGAUUGCAGAUUUAUCACUUUGCUAGGCUUGGCUAUAUGUAUAGGUGGAGAGAUCCUUCGAAAGCUAGCAAUGUUCAAUGCUGGGCAGAACUUUAACCAUGUUGUUCAAGAUAAAAGAGAUGAACAUCAUGUACUUGUCACUUCUGGCAUAUACAGUUUUUGCCGACAUCCUUCAUAUGUUGGUUGGUUUCUCUGGUCUGUUGGGUCACAGAUACUGCUCAUUAAUCCGUUCUGUCUAGUAGCUUACUCAGUAGUUUCCUUUCACUUCUUUAAGGAAAGAAUUACUCUGGAAGAGUAUACUCUCCUAUCCUUUUUUGGGAAUCAGUAUAGGUUAGUAUCAUGUUUUAUCUAGUAAACCUUUAAAAUA